GGGAGCUGUACAGAGCCUCUCUGAGGAAACAUCGCUAUCCUGCACAGGGCAGCAUUGAAAUCCAUGAGGACAGUGAGGAAGGAAGUCAAUUGCAGAAUUGCAGAACGCACGUCCUGAUUCUUGUUCUUCAUGGGGGCAACAUCCUAGACACAGGAGCAGGGGAGCCCAGCAGCAAGAUGGCUGACAUCAACACCUUCGCAUCUGUAUUUGAGAAAGUGACACAGGCCCAUUUCCCUUCCUCACUCGGCCAUAUCGUAAUCCGACUUGUUUCCUGUCCAGCUGUUUGCUCUGAAGCCUUCUCCCUCAUGGCAAACCUGAAUCCUUACAGUUAUGAUGAGACAUCUCUAAGUAGCAGUGAAGAUCACAUCCCUCUGGCCGCCUUGCCCUUGUUGGCGAUUUCUUCUCCUCAGUACCAGAAUGCAGUUGCCAUGGUGAUCAGCAGAGCCAACCAGGUUUAUAACGAAUUUCUCAGAUCUCCUGAUGGAGCAGGCUUUAAUGGGCAGGUGUGCCUGGUUGGGGACUGUGUGGGAGGAAUGUUGGGCUUUGAUGCCAUUUGCUAUAGCACAGGACUAGCAGAUGAAAGCCAAGUCAGCAGCAGAAGAGGCAGCACCAGCAGUGUUCAGGAUAAACCUGUCUCAGCUGAAGUUUCAAAUCUAGGAGACCUCAAGCGCCUCAGCAAAAGUAAUAUUGACAUCUCAGGACUGAUGGAGAAUGAAGAGCCCAGACAACCACUGCCCCGGAAACAAAGCGACUGCUCCAGCUAUGAGUGUGAUAGCAUAACACACCAUCAUGCUUUCCUGUCCAGCAUCCACUCAACAAUGUUGAAUGAGGAUGCAGAUUUUCCCCCAGCGAACACUUCCAACAUGUUGGAAGUUAAUUUGGGGCGAUUUGAAUUUGAAGUGUCUGACUUCUUCCUCUUUGGCUCACCCCUCGGUUUGGUGCUGGCUAUGCGGAGGACAGUGCUGCCCAGUCUGGAAGUCUGCCAAGUACAUCCAGCCUGCAGCCAAGUUUACAGCCUCUUCCACUCAGCUGACCCUUCUGCCUCCAGACUGGAACCAUUAUUAGAGAAUAAAUUCCAUCUUCUGCCUCCCUGUACUGUACCAAGGUACCAGAGAUAUCCCUUAGGAGAUGGAAGAUCCCACCUUUUAGCUGAUACACUCCACUACCAUAGCAGCCUGUUUGCUGAAGACAAUUCUGGAAAGUCAUCCUUCGUACAAGAGACUUUAGCACUCCCAAAUGCUGUGCAAGGGAAAGUGCGAAGAGGGAGCAUGGCCAGCAGCAACAGUGAGAGCUCUGGGUCAACGGAGAGCUUAUUGUCCAGCAACAUAGCAAACAUAACUUCCAAAUGGUGGGGAGCCAAGCGAAUAGAUUACGUUUUGUACUGUCCAGAUGUUCUCACAGCCUUUCCUACAGUGGCUUUGCCACAUCUCUUCCAUGCCAGCUACUGGGAAUCAACAGAUGUGGUUGCUUUCAUUCUGAGACAGGUGAUGAGGUUUGAAACCAUCAAUGUCAAGGAAAGCAACAGUUUGGAUCCAGUGACUCUCAGUCCUUCAAAUCCCAGAGAGAAAUGGCUACGGAAAAGAACCCAAGUCAAACUGAGGAAUGUAACUUCAAACCACAGAUCGAAUGAUGUCAUUGCUGCGGAAGAUGGCCCUCAGUUGCUAGUUGGCCGGUUCAUGUAUGGACCACUUGACAUGGUGGCUUUAACAGGAGAAAAGGUUGAUGUCUUCAUCAUGACUGAACCUUCCUCUGGACGUUGGGUCUAUUUUGAUACAGAAAUUACCAAUAGUAGUGGUAGAAUCUCAUACAAUGUCCCCAAAGACAAAAGACUUGCUGUUGGUGUCUAUCCUAUUAAAAUGGUGGUCAGGGGAGACCAGAGCAGUGCCAUAAGCUACCUGACCAUCCUUCCCCGAGGAAUGGAGUGUGUCGUCUUCAGCAUUGAUGGGUCCUUUGCUGCCAGCGUCUCCAUCAUGGGCAGUGACCCUAAAGUCAGAGCCGGAGCAGUUGAUGUUGUCAGGCAUUGGCAAGAUCUUGGCUACUUGAUCAUCUAUAUCACAGGACGUCCUGACAUGCAGAAGCAACGUGUUGUCUCAUGGCUAUCUCAGCACAACUUCCCUCAGGGAAUGAUUUUCUUCUCUGAUGGUCUUGUUCAUGAUCCUUUAAGGCAGAAGACCAUUUUUCUCCGGAAUCUUGUGCAAGAGUGCCACAUCAAAAUUUGUGCUGCAUAUGGCUCCAUGAAGGACAUUUCGGUGUAUAAUGUCCUGGGUCUUUCCCCUUCCCAAAUUUACAUUGUUGGACGACCAGCAAAGAAAUAUCAGACUCUGUGCCAGUUUCUCAGCGAAGGUUAUGCAGCCCACCUGGCUUCCCUGGAGUUCAGCCUCCCUUCCCGGCCUAAGAAGAACAAUUCCCGCAUGAUCCUAAGGAAAGGCAGCUUUGGUCUUCACUCGCAGCCUGAUUUCCUGCGCAAGAGGAAUCAUCUCCGGAGAACUAUGUCUGUCCAGCAGCCUGACCCACCAUCCUUGACCCCCAAGCCAGAGCGUGCCCAAAGCCAGCCCGAGUCAGAUAAAGACCAUGACCGGCAUCUGCCCUCCAUAGUGUGGAUGAGAGGGGGGGUUCAUAAGUUUGAGUCUGUCCCAUAACAAGAGCUGAGAAGGCACCACCAGGCCUCUGGCAUCCUGCGAAGAGCUUGUGGGCAUUUGCUCUUUGAGUUGCACUUGGCAGCUUCAUGGUUCAAGGUGAUGGGGAGGAUUGGAAUUCACAAAGCUCUGGCAGCUUCUGUCUCCCCAGGGGAACUUUCUGUUUGUUCCUCUUGUUUGUAUCCACUCAUGAAACACUGAGAGUAGAGAAAAUGAUUUGCACCAACCGUAGCCUCUUGCAGGGGUGACACUGGACAGGCAAAUGAGCUUGUGUUUUAAUGUUUACUUCAUAACAAAAAUGUGCAAUAAAGCUGAGUGGGGAAGCUCCAGCUUAUCUCAGUGAGAAGAUGCCUCACUGACAGCAAUUACAUCUGUUUCUCGAAAAGGCAGGCCUCUCAUGUGGCAGCAGCAACAUCUGCAGUUCUUGGGAAAAUAAGAACUUGAAGAAUCAAAGGGGGGAGCCCAUAGCUGUGCACUGGGGAAUCUCUUGGGUGCCUUAAACCCAAUAUCUUUUCAUCCAGACAGCUCUAUCACUGGCUCAUCACCAGAGUAGGUCUCAAUUUUACUUAUUUAUAAGAGACAUCAGUAGAGGCAACAAAUGAAUGGGGAAACCAGUGGUGGAAAAAAUUGAUACAUAUGAAAGAGAAGAGCUCUGGAUUCAAUAUAUGUCUACCAUUUUUUAGAUGUGGCACCCAUCUGUGGCCACAUCAUAGCAUUUUUUGCUCUUUUUGCGGAAAACCACAAUUGUGCAAUCUACACUGAGAAAGUAAAUAGAUCAAAGUCCAUCUGCAUCCCUCUGCCACCACCAUCAUCAUGACCCCAACCCCACUGAAGCAACCUUCACUACUACUGCUCACAGUGUCAUAUCUUAUGUGUUGAACACAUUGUUGAGCUUCAGGAAACAUAGUUGACUAUGCCCAUAUUUCCAGUAUUUUAAGAGAUCUGCCUGUUGCCCUUUCUGAAUAAAGUGUGGAUCUCAAAUACUCAGUGAUAAGGCAUCUGUUUUCCACGUAGAAGGUCCCACGUCAAAACUUGACAUCUCUGGUAAAUCCAAUAGAACUGCUGCUGAUUGGUCUAGAUAUAGAAAAAAUUGAGUUAGUGGACCAGUGAACUGAUUCAAGAUAAGGGAGCAUGUUUUGUUCCUAUGAGGUAAGUAUGUAUGCAUAACGCACAUGCUUUUCUGAAAUCUCUCUGCUGUUUCUCCAACCAUCAUAUCCAGCAUAACUGGAAAGUGCAGAGUAAGUGACACUUCCAUGCCACUCUUGAGAGAGAGACUGAGGACUAUGUUCUGGGCCCAGUCCACCUGACGUCUGUUGAGGUUGAGCAACCCCAGCUAAUCAUUACUUUGUCACAAGAAAACACAAUGGAAGAAUGGCAGAGGGAAUGAGUCAGGAGAUGGCAAAUGACAUUGUGCUACUAAAUAUUGGAGUAUAGUUCAAUAGCCCAUAUUUCGUAUCAGAAGUAAUAGGCAAAACAUGUCUUUCAUCAGUUCUUAGGAUUGACCAGACAAGGUACAGCACGCAAGAAUCUUAUUGUGAGCAGGUUCAAUUUUUUUAUUUGAAGUGUAUCAAAGAUGGAUAUUAGAAGGCAGAUGGUGCCUACAGUAAUCAAAGGAAAAUGAAAUGCGGCAAAUUGCUUUAUGGCUUAAUUGCUUCACAAUCCUGAGAUUAGCUAUGUCCUUGCCUUUAAUAAUUUUGCUUCUGGUAUUAGGACAGUGUACCUAUCUUAUGCUGUAGCUAAGUGUGUAUUACAAAAUUCCUCAAAGAGUUAAUCAAGGGCUUUGUUAAAACUUAGCUGUCAACAUCUCAUAGCUAAUGCAAUCUUGAUUUUUCCUGUACUGUAUCUUCAAAGCCUCUUCUCCCUAUAGGCAUCCGCACCAGAUGGACAGAUCUCCAGUUGCAUUAUUCUCCUUGCAUAGUGGUUUCUAUGGCAACUGCUCUUCAGAGAUUUUGAAUCGCACUGGAAUCUACAUCUGUUCAGCAGCCUAAGACUGCCUAAUUCCAUCUAUGCCUGCAAAUCAUUUUUCUUCUUCUCCUGCACUGUUAGACUCCAACACUACUAACUUCUUGCCAGCCUCUUAGCCCACUUCAGCUUCUCUUCCCCUGGGACACUAUGUUUGCAAAACUAUUUGCUUCCCCAGUUCUUUCCCAGACUCAGGUUGUCAGCUAGAAGUACAGAUGGAAUGUCUGGGUAAUUAUAUGAGAGGGUGAUAGUGAUUAAUUUCUCUAUUCUGUCAUAAUGUCAUGUUAUCAAAGAUAGGGUGUACAUUUUUAACCUUCUCAAUUUGAGUCCAUUCUAAGCUUUAUCAGCCUCAUUUAAUAACAUCCCUGUCUAUUCAGGAGAUGUUCAGAUGGUCUCCUGCUCACACUGCCAUCUGCAAGCAGUUCCCCUUUCAUUUAAACUAUCAUUUUUCCAAGAGAUUAUCCAUAAAUCUAAAGCUGCCUUCUGAUUGGAUAUACUGUUUAGCCUUCAUGAUUUUGACAACGUGGCAGCAUAACUCAACUCUACAGCCAAGUGUGGAUCACGUUGGUCCAUUUACCUAUCACAUGCUGAACAGUGAAGAUGGCAAAAUAAAGAAGCAGGCAAUUGAAGCACCAACCCUCCAAAUUGUUGGCCUUGGCUAAUUUCUGAGCACCAAAAGAGCAUGUGCUCUCUUUCCUGGCUCUCUUAUCUCACCGCACCAUUCAAAAGCUUUGGAUCUCUUAUCAUGGUGCUCUUCUACUUUAUCUCUUGUUUCCCUUCAUAUAAAGAAUGCCUCUUUAAUCAUCCAUUCUUUUUAAUUGCCUUUUUUCUGUUCCCUGCACAGGCGAUAAUAACGUACCUGCCAAAAGCAUUAGACUCGUUGGGUUCACACAACACAUGAUUUUCAUUGAUUAUAUAUCAAGUUGGUAGAUAAGGGUAAAGUGGGCAGUCUGUGGUUUAGGCCUUUGUGGGAAUCCAGCCAUUGGUUUAACAAGUGGUGUGACCCAGACCAUAAUGUUAACAUGGCUUUAUUUCUUUGGGCUUAGUAAUGUCCCAAAGUAGUGUUUCCUUAAGCUGCAUUUGGCAUUUUUAGUGAACCCAGUCAGUGAGUAGAUAAGCAUGCCUUACACCAAGGUUCAGUCAGCCAGUAUGGGCUUAAAAACCAAAUUAGAUGUAAUCUAUUGAGUACAUUUGUUAUUUUUUUAAAAAUAGACACAGGCCGUCUUCUCCAAGCAGUUGGGGACGCACCUUGGGAAAUAGGCACUUAUCCUUUAUCUCUAUUAGUCCAGACCCCUGAACUAAUAUAAACAUACUUCUUCACUACAUAAAUGAUACCACAUCUAGUUAAUGAAGAAAGCUAUGGUUGAGGAAGGGUUCCCAACCAUAUUUUGCAACAGUGCAUCGACCAGCAAAAUGGGUGACGCUAUUGAGAGAUUCUGCCUCCAUCAUACCUGGAGACAAAUAGAGUCCCCAGUAUGUUGUAGCAAAGUCCUUUAUACCUGGUAAUUCAGAGUUAAACACCUCAGCUCAUGGUUAGAGCAAGGAGCUGAACCUCCCAAAUAAUAUGUUUGAAUGCGGUGUAGUCUACCAUGCUUGUAGGAAUGGGCCGGAAUAAUUGCAUCUUGAUGUGGCAGAGUCGGUAAAGUGUACAAACAGGCUUGUAGCCCAAUUUAAAUAUAACAUGUUACAAAGGAUGGUUUUGUUAGGUCAGAUCAAUUGGCACCUGAGAGAAGAUUUUAGCAAAACAAAUUUGAUGGUCCCAGGAUUAUCUGCUGGUGGUCUUCAAGUACUGUUUAUUUAAAAAUACACUCCUCUCUUGUUCAUUUCAGAUCCUCACAUUGAAUAAUGCUUCUCCUUCCAUUGACUUCACAAUGUAGAAGUUGCCCCACUGAGUAUUUCCAGGCUAUUUAUGUGACUCAGUAUAAGCCUUGCUAUCCAAAAGUGGGACAAACAAGAAUGUUCAGUCGUGACAAUUUAGGUAUCUCUUCCCAAGAGUUUCCCGUGGUCUCACUUUAGGCCUGAAGCUUUAGGACGUGGAAAUGCUGGCACUAAAAUAAUGUGUUGUGUUGGCUGACAUUUCCCAUUCCCACGUGGGCUGUGCCCACACCCUGUUGCUUUUCUCUGUAGUCUUGUAGGAGAGUACCAUGUUCUUCUGAUGCUUCAGAAAUGACCUGGAGAAAUGGAAGAAAAGACUUGAAAAAGCAACUAGACAAACUAGACAUGAAAGGUUGCCUAAACAAAGGAGCAUUAUGUUCUGUUUUGUCACAGACUAGGCCAGAAGCAAACGGGAUCAGUGCAUUCAGACUGGAGAUUUGUAGGAACACUCUGAAGAUUUGAAGAGUUCUAAAACAGUGAAGAGGAAGGGAACUCUUUUGGACUAUCCUGGAACAGUGGUCUUGGUUUUGGGAUAAAUGGAUGUUUGAACAGACUUGGGUGUUAGGACUAAAAACUUGGAUUGAUCGCUUGUUGGAUUUGGAUUCAGUCUGUGCAGAACAAUCUGCUGGAUUCCCCAAAGUUACCUCCAUCUCCCAAUAUGUGUCUUUCUGAAGAUGAAUAGAAAGGCAUCUCCUGGUUAACCAAGAUGUCAUCCCUUUUCUCCCCAUCCAGGACUGGCACAACCUGAACAUUCUUAAAUGCCUUGUUAACAGUUCCCUUUAUGCUGCUCCCUCCCCACAUUUAAGAACCUGUUAUUUAAAAAAAAGCCAGUGAAUAACAAUGGUGGCUUGUUAAAAUGUGUGUUAUUAUGAGAAGACAUGUUCAUGGUUGUGCAGUGUGUGCGCGUACACGUGUGUACAGUGUUUCACAUCAGUGUUUUGUUACAGCUGCCAUUGCUAACUUUGCAUAGCAGAAGUUAACUUUUUAUAUUAUAUGUUUUGUUCAAGGUUUGGCUGUUCUGUCAUAGCAUUGUGAAAAGACCUUGACUCUGUUCCAGGUAUGAGUAGCAUUGUUAAUCCAAACCUGAGCUUUCACAUUUAAGUAGCACUAAAGGAAAUGUUGGGUUGGCAGCAUCUGCUUGUGCUGAGGGGUGACCACUUCUGCUUGACCAAAGUAUUCUGUGGUGUGUCUUUUUUCUAAGGUAGUCUUUGAAUCCUCUUGAAUGUUCAAAGGUAGAGGUAUCUUCUCAUUCAUUGGCAUUCACAGAUCAACUAUUUUUACAACCUUGCUGGAUAGAAAACCAGAUGAUCCAUCACAUCAUUUGAGUGCAAUAUCUUCUGUUUCACACCAAGGUGGGGGCGGGAGAACCAUGGAAAAUGACACUCAGAUGGUGCAGGAUAUGAGUGCUUUGCCUUCUUUCUACACCAUUGUUGGGGCUGGGAAAAGUAUUCUACAAUGGCGUUAUCUGGCAAAGCAAGAAGAAAACAUUUUGUAUCAGUCAGGUAGCAAUGCAGGCUGAUUGAGAAUCAUCUUAGAAGGCUGAAAGCUGGGUUGAUAAGAGCUGAAUGCUGAUAGAGAUCUAUUUCAAAAAAAAAUUUCUGCACCAGACAUUGCACUGAUUAUUACUGUCUCCUAUAUUCGCCAAGAGAAUAAACCCUGUCAGGCAGCAAAAUGCUGGACACACAGUUUCUUCUAUCCCUGUUAUAAAGCUGGAACACAUUUGGUCCCUAAAUUUCUUCACCACAAACAUUCUAAAGGGUCCUGCAACCUUCCAAAGGAACCAGAAUUCCCCAGAAAGCAGGAUAAAAACCACUUGCACGCCAUAUUUGACAUCAUUCAAUAAGCAAAAUAUUUACUACUAAUCUUUGGCUUAGAUCUUUCUCCAUCUAGAGGUAAAAUGGCAAAAUUAGAAAACUUCAUUUGCUGAACAGUUUUUGUGAAUACUGAUUUCAGAUCUACUUAUCAGUUCUUCAAAAUGUAAUUUAAUCAUUGGAUUGGUUCUCUGCACUACAAAUAAGCUAGUUUCAAAGCUUUCUUGGUUCUCAGCCCUGUGACCCGAGACUGCGCUUCUCUGAGUUGGCCUGAAGAUGUUGAUUUCAAACUCUCUGGGAUUUGGAUCACUCUGUAGCUCUUGGAAAGCAUUUUAGGAUGAGAUUUAGAGAUCACUGGAAUGGCAGUGCAAUGGAAAGCUUGAAGGACCUCAUUGGAAACUUGGAAGUGCUUCAAGGCUUGAGCUUUGAAUUGCUCAAUGUAGCACAAGCAGAAGUAUGAGCAAUAUAGGGGAUUAUCAAGUGUAUAAUGAUGGUGGAUGGCCAGCUGAAUCUCUUUAUGGAAUGGCUAGAGAGAUAGACUGUCGAAAAGUAACUAAUUCUACCCCACCUCAAAGCAACGCACCAAAUUGGCCUUGCUGUUGUAGUUGGAGGUUUUUUAAAAAUAGCUUGGAUUUGAAAGCUGGUAUUCACAUACAUAUACACAUUUUUAACUCUGGAAUGCCAAAGAAUGUGAGCUUUGAACUGAAAAGUUAUUUGUUCUGAGUCUGUGUAUGAGAAUGUGGUCUUUUGAAUCUUGGAAAACCUUCUCCAGUGGCAGAGAAAGAGGGUAUCAGAAUAUUUUAAUCACAUACCCAUCUCCAAUGUACAGCUAUGAAUUUCUUUCAGAGAAGCUUAAAAAGACGGGAGGGGGGAGGUGUUACUAUUUUUCCAAAUGGUAUUCAUUUUAUUUUCAACUGUUUUUUAAAAUAUGCUAACACAAAGUGAGUAAUGUCAAAUAUCACACUUUCUUUGCUUUUUAGUAUGUAUCUUUUUAAAUUCCUUCUUUGAUGUGGGAGCAUUUUUCUGUUGCAGGGACCCACAGUUUCUGAUGAGUUGUUUUAACACUCGGCACACUGAUGAAAUAAAGCACCAGACCUUCUUGAUCAGGACAAGUGUUUCUUACUGCUUCAAUGUGUGUUACUAUGCAUCUUUUGUUCAUACCCAAAGAUAAAUGUGCCCAUUCCUGCUCUAUACAUUCUGCAAAUCCAUUACUGUACACAAAUGGACAGA